CCUCUCCUCUCCUCUCCUCAUCGUCACCGCCACAUUCCUCCUUCCCCCACACCCAAAAACUCUAGGGUUUUCCAAGAGUUUUCACCCCUUCGCGUCUCCCCACUCACUCUCCAACCUUAGAGUUUCUUUCUGAUGGCGGCUGCUGCUGUUGAUUGUCCCGGCUCGCUCAAAUCCGUGAGGAUCGUUGUGGUUGGUGACAAGGGAACUGGAAAAUCGAGCUUGAUUGUUGCUGCGGCCACCGAUUCGUUCCCUCCCAAUGUCCCUCCCGUGUUGCCUGACACCAAGCUCCCUUUUGAGUUCUUCCCUGAUGGUAUUCCCGUCACCAUUGUCGACACUUCCUCCAGGCCGGAAGAUAGGAACAUGGUUGCCGAGGAAUUGAAGCAGGCAGAUGCGGUGGUUUUGACGUAUGCUUGUGAUCGACCUGAGACACUUGAAGGUUUGACUACAUACUGGCUUCCAGAGCUUCGGCGAUUAGAGGUAAAAGUUCCUAUAAUAGUAGCAGGUUGUAAGCUUGACUUCAGAGACGACAAUAACCAGGUCAGCCUCGAACAAGUGAUGUCACCUAUAAUGCAGCAGUUUCGGGAGAUUGAGACUUGUAUCGAGUGUUCUGCUCUAAAGCAACUCCAGGCACAAGAAGUUUUCUAUUAUGCACAAAAAACUGUCCUUCACCCAACUGGACCUCUGUUCGAUCAAGAAGCCCAGGCAUUGAAGCCCCGGUGUGUAAGGGCCUUGAAGCGUAUCUUUAUACUCUGUGAUCAGGACAGAGAUGGUGCUCUUAGCGAGGCUGAGUUAAAUGAUUUUCAGGUCAAGUGCUUUCAUGCACCAUUGCAGCCUUCUGAAAUUGAAGGUGUUAAGAGGGUUGUGCAAGAAAAGUUGCCAGAAGGUGUGAAUGAAAGAGGACUGACAGUGACCGGCUUCCUGUUUCUACAUGCACUUUUUAUUGAGAAAGGGAGGCUCGAGACAACAUGGACUGUACUUAGGAAGUUUGGGUAUAACAAUGAGAUCAGACUUGCUGAUGAAUUGCUCCCGCCUUCAUUAUUCAAACGAACACCUGAUCAGAGUGUCGAGUUGACAGAUGUAGCAAUUGAAUUCUUGAAAGGAGUGUUUAUGAUGUUUGAUGACGAUGAGGAUAAUAAUCUGAGACCUCAAGAGAUUGAGGAUCUUUUUUCAACUGCACCUGAAAGUCCUUGGAAAGAUGCUCCUUAUGAUGGCGCUGCAGAGAAAACUGCCCUUGGAGGACUAUCGGUUGACGCUUUCCUGUCACUGUGGUCACUGAUGACAAUACUAGAACCAGCUAAGAGUGUGGAAUAUCUGAUUUACAUUGGAUUCCCGGGUGAUCCAUCUUCUGCCAUUCGUCUUACUAGGAGGAGGCGUUUAGAUCGCAAAAAGCAACAAUGCGAAAGAAAAGUUUUCCAGUGCUUUGUGUUUGGACCCAAUAACGCUGGAAAAUCUGCAUUACUGAAUUGCUUUCUUGGAAGGUUAUAUGAAAACCAGGGAUCAACCACUGAUGAGCGCUAUGCAGUAAAUAUGGUCGAUGACUCUGGGAGUGCAAAGAAAACUCUUGUGAUGAGGGAAAUUCCAGAUGAUGGGGCUAAAGGGCUAUUUUCAUCCAAGGAGUCGUUGGCUGCAUGUGACAUAGCUGUCUUCGUGUAUGACAGCUCUGAUGAGUCGUCAUGGAAGAGAGCGACUGAGCUACUUGUAGAAGUUGCAACUCACGGAGAGGCCUCCGGAUAUGAGGUCCCUUGUCUCAUGGUUUCAGCCAAGGACGAUCUUGAUUCAUUCCCAAUUUGCAUACAAGAAUCCACAAGGGUGACACAAGAUAUGGGAAUAGAGCCUCCGGUAUCCAUCAGCUCGAAACUGGGUGAUUUCAACAACUUAUUCCGCAAAAUCGUAGCUGCAGCGCAACAUCCUCAUCUGAGUAUUCCAGAAACUGAAGCAGGAAAAAGCCGCAAACAUUACAACAGGCUAAUCAACCGCUCUCUUAUGGCUGUUUCAAUUGGAGCUGCUGCUGUAGUCGUUGGACUGGCUGCAUACCGUGUGUAUGCUGCAAGAAAGAGCGCUUCUGCCUGAGAAGAUUUGAGAAUGAAGAAGCCAGUGUCUCAAGGUGUGAACGCGAAAAGAAGAUGGCAAAUCUCUUGUUCUGAGUUUGUUUAUCCUAAGUUUAAACCAGCGUUCUGUUUUUUAGAAGAUUAAUAGAAAAAAUGGGCUUUUCAAGAUCUUGUAGGAACAUUAAGGGACAAGAGAAAGAAGAGAACAUAUAGUUACAAUAGACAUUGUGUUGAGUUUUAUCAAUAACAAAAGAACUUUUGUCUCCUU